GUAACAUCUUCUUUCUUAAGAAGACAUGACCUUCCUAGGUUUGAUGAAUUCUGCUGUUUUAAUCCUUUGUGUUAUAAUUUUAACAGCUUAUAGUCAUCAAGCCCAGGCUUUAGGUCCUGACUUUUUUGGAGAAGGUUUAUGCGCUUCUUCGAUUACUAUUCAUGGCUAUAAAUGUCAAGAAUUUGAAGUUACAACUAAAGAUGGAUACAUUCUUAGCAUUCAAAGGAUUUUAGAAGGUCGAGUUAAAGUUUUUGGUAAUGUCACUAAAGAGCCUGUGAUUUUACAACAUGGAGUUCUGGUGGAUGGAGCAACAUGGUUUUUGAACAGUCCAGAACAAAAUUUGCCUAUGAUUCUUGCUGAUAAUGGCUUUGAUGUUUGGGUUGUUAAUUCUAGAGGAACCAAAUAUAGUCGCAAACACACCAAGUUAGAUGCCUCUAGCCAGGAAUAUUGGUAUUGGUCUUUCGAUGAAUUGGUUGCUUAUGAAAUGCCUGCUGCUUUUGAUUUUGUCUCAAAGGAAACAGGACAGAAGAUACAUUUUGUUGGACAUUCGAUGGGGACGUUGACAGCUUUGUUAUCAUUGGCAGAAGGUAAAUGGGAAAAUCAAGUGAAAUCAGUAGUAUUGUUGAGUCCUAUUGCCUAUUUGAGUCGAAUGACAACACUAAUUGGAGCUAUUGCUACAAGAUCCUUACUCAGCGAGGGUUUUACUCUUUUGGGCAUUGCCGAAUUCGAUCCCAAAGGGGUUCCUGUAACCGACUUCGUCCAGGGUAUUUGUGUUCAAUCUGGACUAAACUGCAAUGAUUUAUUUACUUUAAUAAGAGGUGAGAAUUGUUGCUUAGAUAAAUCAGCUUUUGAUGAUUUCAUGAAAGUUGAACCACAAUCAUCAUCAACAAGAACUCUUUUUCAUUUAUCUCAGAUUGUUCGAACCGAUGCGUUGUCAAAGUUCGACUUUCAGAGCCCACGCUUAAACAUGUUGCAUUAUGGACGACUAAGACCUCCCGCCUACAACCUCUCAAAAAUUCCUAACAACAUUCCAAUUUUUAUGAGCUAUGGUGGUGCCGACGCGCUUUCCGAUAUCGCCGAUGUUAAGAAGCUCUUAAAUGACCACUUUCAGGACCAUGAUAAAGACAAGCUUAGUGUUCAAUUUAUUGAGAAUUAUGCUCAUGGUGAUUACAUGUUUGCUACGAAUGCUAAUGAACUAGUAUACAAAAAUGUUACAUCUUUUUUGAAACAUAAAUUCUGAAGCGUUCAAUUUCUCUAAUAUUUUCAAUAGCAAUUUUGGAAAAUGUUACAAACUUGCUGUAUGUGGGAAACUAACUUUGCUAUUAUAUUAAAAUUAUGUGCAUUUAAUU